AUGGCUUUCUCUACGGGAGCUUGGCUUGCCAUUGCAGCGACGUUAUCUCAAGUGGUGGUAUCGAAGCAGGCCGGAUACUUCGACUCAUCCAACUGCGUGGCCCCAUCAGCGCUCGAAUCGUGCUACGAUGAUGCAUCCGAAUAUUACGCUCAGUGCAUAACGAAGAACUGUGCCGGUGGCUCAGAUGAGUGCUAUAAUUCCUGCGGAGGUGAUACGGCCUGCAUGCAGAGUCAAUGUCCAAAUUUGGGCAUUGAUUGUAUCAAUGUGUGUGGGUGUGUGAAAACAUCUCGCGAAAUCGACUGCGCGGCUUCUGCUUGUUGGAAUCAGGUUUACUCAUGCGAGUACCAAAAAACAAUUGAAGACCUGAUCGACCUAUGCCCCUCCGUGAAUGUCACUCAGCUCCCUUUCUGGCCGCCUCCCGACGACGCCCCCGCUGGCUGUUCAUGCAACAUAGGCAAGGUUGAUCAGCGGGAGUUGUUUAUUGCGGACCAGAUGACAACGUGUGCGAACAAUAUGACGAACCUCGAUCAGCUAACGAGCGCGGAGGACAUCUCCGACUACGGGCGAGCUUGUGUUUGCUGUGGGAAAAGUGCUAUCAUCUCCACGAUAUGGGGCGUAUGUCCCAACACGCAGCCGGCAUUGUUGGGUGCAGAUGCCUGGUACAACGCUGUGAUCGCUCAUGACUGGGACAUCUGUGGGCCCUAUCUCGAGAAUUAUGACUGUGCGGGUGCACUGGGUUAUGGUGCCCCGUCGGCUGGUAACACCACUCAAUUCUACAAACCGGGAGACCUACCUGCGAACGGGACCGAGACGCUUUCAAACACCGGGGGUGUCAUCUCAACCCCCAUUAGUGGAAGUACUUUCACCUGGACGUUGGGCACGAUCCCCCACCCUGUCACCGCCAUGGCAGCUACAGCUACAGCAACGGCGGAUAGUGGGAAGUCGAGCAGCACCGCAACUGGGGCGGCGGCGGCGAGUACAAAUUCCGAGUCGGCAGCAAGGUACAUCAGUGCGCCGAUCAUGGCUGCAUCUGGGGUCGUUGCGUUUACCUUGGGUUUAUUGAGGGUCGCUUGA